AUGACUGCAGUUGAACGAAAUAAUAAUAUUCUCGAUUAUACUAAUAACGAAGAUAAUAAUAGUAAUGAUAAUAAUAUUGGUAAUACCAAUAUCGAUAAAAAUGUUGUAUUUAAAAAAAGGAGAUGUACUGUAACUGACACUAACAACGAUAGUGAUGACAUUAAUAACAAUAUUGAUAUUAAUGGCAGUACAAGUGUAAUGUCAAGAAAUAAUAGUGAAAAUUCUAUUAAUACUACAAAUGCACUAAAAUCAAAUAGUAAUAAUAUGAACUCAAAAGUAAAUAAAAAUUUAUCUCAAUUACCAGAGAAUCUAAGAUUAAAUGGAGUCACCCCAAGUGGUAAACCAAGAUUAUUCGUUUGUUCCAUUUGCACAAGGGCAUUCGCAAGACAAGAACAUCUUACGAGACAUGAAAGAUCUCAUACAAAGGAAAAACCCUAUUGUUGUGGCAUUUGUCAACGUAAAUUCAGUAGGAGAGAUUUGCUAUUAAGACAUGCCCAUAAAAUUCAUGGUGGUAACUAUGGUGAUUCUAUAACUAUUACAAGUAAUGGAACUGUAUCAACUGAAAAGAAUACUCCAAAUUCUUUGAUUUCAUCACCUGUGUCAUCUAAUCUUGUUUCUAUCACAGACCCAGCUUUAGAUGUUGGUACAAUCGAUGAAAACAAUAAUAAAUUUAUUUUCAAUAAUAAAAGUUCAACCUCAUCAAAAGAGCAAAAUAACAAUGCAAAUAACAACAAUAAACGAAAAUUGACAAAUUCAUCAAAAGGAAGAAGAAAAUUCACAAGAAACGUAUUAUCAUUGAAAAAUACGAAAACAAAUAUUGAUAAAAAAAAAAUAUCUUCAAAAACAAAUAACACUCAGUCAAUCAAAAGAUUGAAUAAACGUCGUGCAUCCUUUAGUGCACAAUCUGCAGAAAAGUAUGCUUUACCGAUUAUUACUGAAGAUAACAAUCAUAUUUAUGAUAGAAUUAAAUUUUCCACUCCUGAACUAUUGCCUCUGGAUUAUUUCAACAAUCCUGACACCAAUACUUACUAUAAACCAAAUUUAACGAAUAACGAAGAAAUACCAAAUUUAAAUAUUAAUAAUUUCACAUGUAAUAAUAAUAACUCUCAGUUAACUUUUCCAAUUAAUGAUUUUAACCUCAAUGACACAAUAGAAUGGAUCAAUGGUUCAUCAAAUAUUAACAAUAUUAACAAUAUUAACAAUAAUAUCAAUUCUACCUCUUAUUCCAAUAAUGAUAAUUUGGAAAGUAGUGCAAGCCCUCAAAGUCAGCAAAAUUUCAAUAAUUUUAAUGUUGUUUCCGGUAUCAAUGAUUUGGCUGUCAUUAACGAUUAUGCCACAAAUAAUAUCGAUGACAAUAAUAAUGACUUCCAGUUAUUAUCUAAAUACGCUUCAUCGUCUGCAAUAGACGAAGAUAUGGGUGAUGAUUUUGAAGAUGAAGGCAACAUGACUCGUUCAUCCACAGCAUUUACGAUAAAUAAUUCGUACAAUACAAAUACAGAAAACAUAACUAAUAAGCAUGAAGAAGAUGAUAGUGUCAUAUCUGGGUCAAAACCAAAUUAUAGCCAAAAAACUAAUGGUUAUCAAUUACCAUCUACAGCUUCUUUGUUCGGAAAUUAUUCGUACCAAAAAUCUAAUAAACCUAAGGUUACAGAUCAAGAAAAGGUAGAUACAAAUAGCAUCAAUACACCAGUAAGUAUUUCAAACAAAUUGAGUAACGUAAAUUUAAAUGAUGAUGUAUUUGAUGUUAAUCAUUUAUCUACGUUUACAAAUGAUAUUCAAAAUAUUUUUGGUAAAUAUAUACAAGAUGAGGAGAAACAAUUUUAUUCAAAUGACAACAAAAAGGAUAAGAAUAUUCCAAUGAAUAAUAAUAUAGCACCCCAACUUAAUUGCCCAAAUGAUAACUAUACGUUUUAUGGUUUAGAUCAUUUUACUAUAUCCAACAUAACACGAGCAACACCGCCAGAAUCUAAUGAUACAGUUAAUUAUUCAAACUUGAAACCUGUUAAACUUUUCACGCCUGAAUUACGCCAAUUAUGCAUAACAGCGCUAAAUUACUAUAAAGAAUGUUCCAAUAGCAAUGGUAAUAUGACUAAUUGUUAUAAUUAUAAAGCUCAUAGAGAUAUUAAAUCAGCAGGUAUGAACCCGUUACUGGUCGCAAAAGAUUUGGUAUUGCCAAGUUGUAAUGAACUGAACAAUUACCUAUCAUACUUCCAACAAUUUUUCUUACCUCAUCAUUCCUUUAUUCACCCUAAUGUCCUUCAUUUUGAUUUGUCCUUAUUGAGAAGAUAUGUUCAUGAAGAAUUAGUGGAUUUAAAUGAAUUAAAAAACGACUUUGAUGAUCAAGGUGAAUUUGAUAAUGAAAUUUAUGAUAGGGAAGAUUUCAAUUUAAGGUAUGCGAAUAUUGCAUGCUUGCCACUUUUUAUGGCAACAUGUGGUUCUUUCUACAAACCUGGUAGUAAUCCCAAAACUAUGGAGUUAUAUGAAAUAAGUAGACGUGUAUUGCAUGUGUACUUGGAGACAAGAAAAAAAUUAAGUAAGAAGGAAGAACUGUCAAAUUAUCCUCAUUCUAAGAAGUUCCGUAAUCUAUGGCUGAUUCAAACUUUAAUUUUGAGUAUUGUUUUUGCUAUUUUUGCCGACUCUCUAAAAAGUGUUGAUGAGAAUACUAUAAAAAGACAGAUAUCUGCUGUUUGCUCAAUCGUAAAGAAAAAUAUAAUCCCUACAAUUUCAUUUCCUGAUUCAAAGUAUAUUUCAUUUACUGAUAAGAAGGAGAUUUUUAGGUUUAAUAAUAAGUUUCAAUAUAUUAUUUUUGAAAGUUCCUUAAGAUCAACUUUGAUGGUUUAUAAUUUCUGCCGCUUUUUAAAUGUUUUUUAUAAUAUUGAUUCAAAUCUCUUUUUAUCCGGAAAUGAUAUUGAAAAUAUUGUUAUACCUGAUGAUGAGGCUAAUUGGAUUUUGACAUCUUUAUUUGAUACAGAAAGAGAGUUUGACAUAAGAAAACAAAAUUCGGUUACAUACCAGAAAUAUUAUCAUAGUUUUGCAUUUAACAAAUUAGGAAUGCAUCCUCUAUCUGAAAUUUUAAUAACCACUAUGUUGUAUUAUGAGUUUAAUUCAAGCAACUUCUCUACUUUCCAUGUUUUCCUCAACAAAAUCGAUACCAAGAAAUUGGAACUAAACUUUCCACAACAUUUUCAUAAUAUCAUUAAUGAUUCGGAUGAAGAGACAUAUGAUAAAAUUGAGAAUCAUUCUAAAAUAUUAUGCGGUGAUUCUAUUACUCUAAGAAAUACGUUGAUGUCCAUUUAUCUAUUUAAUAAAAUUGAUGUCAGAUUUUGUUCAAAAAUUUGGAAUGACCAAAUUAAUGACGUAUUUCAUAUAUUUUUGAAUUCUGAAAAUUUAAAUAUAUUUACAAAGGGAUCAUACAGUUUGCUAACUGAUUUUUUAGUUGCAUUGAAUUUUUCUAUUAAAAAUAUUUCAAAUUUAUUUGUACUGAAGGAUGAUGCCAAGACUAUUGAACUAGAUGCUACUAAGAUAACAGUUUUCAAUAUUCAAAGUUAUUACUAUAAUUUCCUUAUUAUUAUCAAAUACAUCUUAGAUUUCGAGGCGACUCCUAAUUUUAAGCUGUUAUGUAUUUAUACCGAAUUGAAGAAGUUGGCCAAUAAGUUGUUGAUUCCUAAAUUCUAUAUGAACUAUCCAAGUGAAUUUUGUGGAUUUGAAGACAUUGUAAAAACCUAUAGGUUUUUGAAUGUCCAUGAUGAAUUGAAAAUUAAUCAACAGUAUGCUACAAUUGAUGUCGAUAAGUUAGAAAAGCUACUUAAUAAUGUUUUGGUGUAUUCAUUUAAUGAUACUUCAUUUUUGAACAUGUCAGAACAAUCGACAAACGAAUUUUUAUUCAGUAGCAAUUACCCCACAUAUUAUCCAUUUACCUCUUCACCUCCAACAAUUCUACAAAGCAUACAAGAUGAAGAUGAUAAUAGUAUGAAUGAUAUGACAUCUAAUGACCCAGUACCUACUAAAUCAUCAAUGGAUUUGGUUGCAACCCAUCAACAAAUUUUGAAUGGUACUGUUUCCACCAAAACGAAUAAACAAGGUUUUGCAGAAAGAUAUCAUUUGGCAGCAAAAUAUGUGACAAUUGCCAAAUGUUUCUUUAGGUUCAUAAGGGAAAACCAUAUCCAUUGUCACUUUUUAGAAAAAAUGACAACAGAUUAUGAUAUUAUUGGAAAAAUGUUGGCAGAAAAAUGA